UUAAAAAAAAAAAAAAAACAAACAAAAACAAGGGGAUCAUUAAAAUCUUUGAAUUUAAGAUAAUUUAAGAUGGAGCACAAAAAAAAUACGAGGUGCACACAAAUGCAGAUCCAAUUGCUACAGAAAUAUAUGGCAAAUAACAAAACCAUAGCGAUAAACACCACAAAAUCAUUCAUAGGCCAAGUGGAGGCUAAUAAAAGAGCCAGGGAAUGGUGUGCUCUUAGGGCUCUUCUACGUAAACAUGGGCCUGACAAAUCGGUGGAAAAAUGGAAACAGACAUGGAGGGACCUAAAAAGAAAACAUAAAAAGCAAAAAAGAAAUAUUGUUAGUAACAAUAAGGAUCAUGUGGAGAAGAAAAUAUGUGAUAUUAUUAAUAAUGAUUUGGAUAAAAUACUUGAGUCUUCUACAGUGAAUGCAGACCCUCUUGAGUCUAUUGGGGAGGGUGGUGCUUCAAUAAAAGAAGAGCCUUCAAUGUCACCUGUCGAAAUAGAACUACCUACGAUUGACGUAAACCUAGACAACCCCUGUCCUUCUCCGAUGCAAGUAAUUCUGACCAAUCCAGAAUCUUUCGCCCCCACCUCUUCUACUUCUACACAAACUAAUCUUCCUUCUGUACAUAAAAUUUCAAACCCUCCUUCUAGUUGUGCACAUGAAAAUUUCUCUUCAAUACCUGCAUCUCAUAACUCCUCCCAAUGCUGCCACCAGAACAUAUCACCAGAUGCAAUUUCAAGAACCAAUAGUUUACAAAUCCAACAAAAUGCAUUGCUUCAAAGGCUAUGCGAUUUAUUGGACCAACAAAACUCAAAUCUGAGGCUGAGGAAUACAAUAGAAAGAAACAAAUUGAGGUAUCAAUCUCAAAAUAUUAUAUUCUUUGUUCAAGUAUACUUUAAGAAAUUCUUUGGAAUCAUGAAAGUCAAACUUGCACUGCCAGGUAUUUACUAUAAAAAAAUUAAUCUUAUGAAAAUAAGCAGAACAAUGAUUAAGUAUAAAGAAGUCUUAAAAGUUUGAAAAUUACACAAAUAUACUUAACAUUGCAGUGCUCUUCUAAUGGGGCGCUUACAUGAGCAAUUUUUUUGUUAUUUGACGAUAGAAAAAUUGGCCCUAAAUUAUUGUCUGGAAUUGCGGAAUUUCAAUGGCCCGUGUAAGCAUUCUUAAGUUAAAAUCUCUUUCAAACAGCAGUAUCAGUUUCACGUUAAAAGACUCGGAUGUCGCCUAUUGCGCAGUUAGCAAACUUUUUACCGGAAAUGUAUACUGGUUCUGCUGGAUCCAAAUGAUAUUACUGUUUCUGUAAAAACGGAAUCAUCUUAUUCUUAUUUAUUUUUUUUGUUUCAGAUUCGAACAUAGAAGAUUUUAAUUAAAUAGUUACCGACUAAUUUAAAUAUGAAUAAAUGAAUUUGAAUUGAAUGGUGUAAAAUUAUGCUUGAUAUUAUUACAAUAAUUAGUAGAGAUAAGGAAAUCGUAAUUAUAAGAUUUAUUCAAAUAAGUAAUAUUUAGUUAGUAAUUAUAGUAUUUAUUGUACAGUGAAAAUAGUUUUUUAAUAAUAAACUACUCUCAUCUCAUUCCUAUUCUUGGUUUUAAUUUAUAGUUUUACUGCUAAAUGAAAUCAAUUCCGGCAAUAGGGAUGAUGCCUAAUAGUCAAAUCAGCAACUUUUUACUAAACGUCAAAAUGCUCGCCUAGUAAGGGAGCUUUUGUAUGAAAUACACAGAUGUGACGUCAUACACAUUUAACGUAAUUUGACUUACUUUUUUAGUUAAAUCGAUAAUUUAAAAUGUUUUGCAUACAUAAAACUUGCAUCAAAUGUAGAUUUUACGAAUUUUUGGAAGAAUAAUAUUUAAUAAUUACUAAGAAAUAAUUUAUUUUUGAACUAGGCAUCAUCCCCAUUGCCACACCGAAAUAUAUUAAACAAGUGUUUAACUUAGUUUUUUCAGUUACUUAAAUUAUUAAUUACUUAUUCAAUUAUUAUACAAUUAUUUAUU